UUGGAUCUCUAUCCCCCUUUUUCUUGGUCCCCCACCAUACUCGCCAUCCCCUAAUUUUUCUUGUCCUUUUUGUCCUUGACUGUGAAUACAGUGGUUAGUUUGGCUUUGAUUUGUUCAUUUUCUCGGAUGAGAAGUCAUCUUAAUUUGGGGGACGUUAAGCCCGAAGAUGUUUCAGAAGACACCUUGAAGGCCGUGGCUGAAAUUCUGAGAAAUUCUACUACCCUUAAGGUUUCUGAAGAUGGGAAAAAGAUUGGCAGGGCUACUGAACUUUUAAAGCCAGAAGAGGUGGUAGAGCAAGUGAACAUAAGGACAAUUGCAGCAUCACCCCUAGAAUAUGAUGCAAAGCUUGAAGAUGUGGAGGCUUACUUUGGUCAAAUUGCCAAGGUUAAUAGUGUUAGGCUGCCCCGUCAUGUUGCAGAGAAAAGGGUAUUUUGUGGUACGGCCCUAAUUCAAUACUCAACUGAGGAAGAUGCUGCGAAGGUUUUGCAGCAAAGCUUGGUUUAUGCUGGUGUUGAAUUGGAACUAAAACCAAAAAGGUCUAAUUUCUGUCGAUGCUUUGGCUCCCUCUUGUAUUGGUGUUCACGUCCAUUUCGAUAAAUUCUCUCAACCCGCCGGAGAAGAGGCUCAAGUAGAUGACUCAAAAAUAGGUAACUUCUUCUUGGAAACAGACCUGCAUCCAGGUAAAAAAAUGAAGCUGAACUUGGCCACAACUACAAAUGGAGCUGUUUUCUUGCCUCAUCAAGUUGCUGAAUCCAUGCCCUUUUCAUCCAACAAGCUACCCGAAAUCUUGAACCGGUUUUCCUGAAAGAAAAAUCCGCAGAAGCCGAGAUAGUAAAGAAGGAGCUAGAGGCCUGUGAGGAGCCUGCCAUGGAAGGAGAAGCCAGGUACUGUGCAACAUCAUUAGAGUCCCUAAUCCAUUUCAGCACUUCAAAG